GCAGAGAGCUGUGGUGGGAAACUGAGAUGAUUAUCAGGAGAAAUGACCGUAAAUAAGGACGUGGGCUAUAACUGCGCAAAUAAAAACUUCUGAAGAGGUUUGCAAGUACCUGAGACCCUUCACUGUCAAAUCAUUUCAGCUAGCACCAUGGGGCAGAGGUGUGCGGUGUGUUCGACAGGUGUGUUCUACCUGUUGCAAUUCGAGCUCCAUGGUGGAGGCUGAAGGAUGACGGGCUGCAGCGAUGAUGACGAGCAGAGCCAUGAAGGAGCAGAGACAAACAGGAAGCAGCAGAAGAAGAAGAGUAAAUCAGAGAAACAUGUGUCAUUUCCUCCAGAUGAACUCAUCGUAUCAGGAUUCUCUGAGCACAGAGACAACCACAGGAACGGCGACAGCUGUGUCAGCUUGGCGGAGGUGAAGUCAGCGUACGAACAGAGCUGCAGCAGACACCAGGUGGAGCCUAAAGGGAGCAUCCUGCAGCAGCUACAGCAGGGUGCGUGUGUAGGUGGCGGUGUGAAGUGUCUGGAUCUCAAAGGUGAGCGAUUAGACCAGCGCUCCUGUGAAGCUCUGGAAGCAGUCCUCAAAUCGCUGCACUUUGAUUUCAUCAAUCUGCAGGCGGCACAACUGGAGGAAAAUGGAGCGGCGUCCUUGCUGGAUAUGAUUUUGUACUAUGAAUCUACGGCCCAUCUCGACAUUUCUGACUGCAGCAGGAUGGGAACAUCGUGUUGGAGGGCGCUGGCUCAUUUGAUAAAGCAGAGUGUGCGUCUGUCCCGGCUGGAUGUGAGUAACGUUCCCCUGGUCGACUACCCGGUUCAGUGUGUGUCCCGAGCUCUGCUGACCAGCCGGCUCACGGCGCUGCACCUCCACAACGCCCAGCUCAGCGGGGUGCCUCUCUACGCACUCAUCAGUUCACUGAAGACCAACAAAGCUUUGAAAGAGCUCCACCUCUCUAACAACCAGCUAAACAGCUACCAGGACGCCCUGCAGCUCGGAGAUCUGCUACGAUACAACGGCACCUUACAGACCCUGCAGCUCAGCAACAAUCACAUCGCAGACGCUGGUCUGGAGGAGCUGUGUGAUGGUCUGAGGCAUCAGACUGCAGGUCUGCAGGUUUUACUGCUGAGGAACAACAACAUCACCGCAGAUGGCAUGCUACACCUUGCCAAGGCUUUGCCGGUGCUGAAGGUGCUGCAGGUUCUUGAUCUGGGUGAGAACGUCCUGGGAAACGAGGGGAUCCAGGAGAUCAGGGAACCUCUGAUGAAGAACACAUCUGUGCUGCAGCUUGGCCUGAGCCAAACCAACAUCACCUGUGAAGGUGCGGUGGCGUUGGCGGAGUUUCUUGCAGAGAGCCAUCAGAUUGAGCAGCUGGACCUCCGUCAUAACGAGGUGAAGGUCGGAGGUCUGAUGGCGCUGAGUCUCGCUCUGAGGAUCAACAGAUCUCUGAUGGUGCUGGACGUCGAGAUCGGAGCGCCACAGGAGCAGGAUGAGUUUCUAACAGAGACCCAGGCGAGGCUUCAGGCAGAGAUCGCUCAGCGCUGCACCGCCAACGCCAGGCGAUCCAAGAAUACCAUGGAAAGCUCUGAGAGUUUACCCGAUGAAGACGAGGAUAAGCGUCAGCUGGCCACUGUGACGUGUCCUUAUAUGCUGUUCUUCCGAGGCGUGCUCAACCUGACGGACCUGACAGGUCUAUCAGGCUGA